AUGUCUGUCAUCCUCGUCACCGGAGGCACCGGCCUCGUGGGCUCAGCCAUCAAGCAUGUUAUCGAGGAGGAGCCCGAGGGGUCGCGCUUUGGCAAGAAGCCCGGCGAGAAGUGGAUCUUUGCCACCCAUGCCGAGGCUGACUUGAGGGACCCGGAGCAGACCAGGAAGCUCUUCGACAAGUACAAGCCCACCCACGUCAUCCAUCUCGCUGCCAUCGUCGGCGGCGUCUUCAUCAACAUGAAGUUGCAGCUCACCUUCCUCCGGGACAACGUCCUCAUCAACGACAACGUCCUGCACACCGCGUACCAGCACGGCGUCACAAAGGUCAUCUCCUGUCUCUCGACCUGCGUCUUCCCGGACAAGGUGUCGUACCCGCUCGACGAGACGAAGAUCCACCUCGGGCUCCCGCACGAGAGCAACUUUGGCUACGCCCAGGCGAAGCGCCUCGUAGACGUCCUCAACCACGCGUACAAGGACCAGUACGGGUGCAACUUCACCUCCGCGAUCCCGACGAACAUCUUUGGCCCGGACGACAACUACGACCUCGAGUGCGCACACGUCAUCCCCGGGCUCAUCCACAAGUGCUACCUCGCGAAGAAGCACGGCACGCCGUUCGUCGGGGCGGGCACGGGGCGGCCCCUGCGGCAGUUCAUCUACUCGCGCGACCUCGCGAAGCUCUUCAUCUGGCAGCUGCGCGAGUACGACGACGUCGACCCGCUCAUCCUCUCCGUGGGGGAAGACGAGGAGAUCAGCAUCAGGGAGGUCGCGGACGUGAUCGUGAAGGCGCUCGAUUUCAGGGGGGAGUACAGGUUCGACGCGACGCUCGCGGACGGCCAGUUCCGCAAGCCCGCGUCGAACAAGAAGCUGCUCGCCCUCGUCGGCGGCGACUUCCAGUUCACGCCGUUCGAACAAGCGUUGCACGAGAGCGUCGACUGGUUCGUGAAGAAUUACGAGAGCGCGCGGUGCAAGGGACAUUAG